AUGUUAAUGUGUUGUAAUGCAAAAAGAAUAAAAACGGGUGAAUCCCCACAUAGAUCUAAAUCAAAACCAAAAUAAAGAAGCAGCGAAAUAUGUCCUAAGUUUACUAAGGAACGAUGGAUAGAAAUUUUAAAAGGAUCUUCAGAGGAUUAAGGCUAUUCUGAAUUAAGUUAUAAUCUUAGACAUAAUUUUCCUCUAGAUCUAAGAUGUCAAGUUUGGAUUUGGCUUACAGAAAAAGCUAGAAUAAAAAAUGUGCUAUAUUAAAAACUAUAAUAUGAGACACCAUCUGAACAACACAUAAUUAAUGAUCUGAAUGGAAGUUUUCGAUAAAAAGGCAAUUCAAAGAGAUUUUCUGGUUCAUCUGAUUCAAGCUUAUCAGAUAAAAAUUCGGAACUAGAAAAAGUUGAUCAGGAGAAAUUAGAUAAAUUAAAAAGGAUUCUAAUUGCAUAUUCUAAUUUAGAUAAGGAAGUUAAAUAUGUAAAGGGAAUGAAUUUUAUAGCAUCUUCAAUACUAUAAUAAUUAGAAUAAGAGGAGUUAAGCUUCAUUAUUUUAAACCAUAUUUUAAAUAUCCAAAAUUAUCGAAAAGGUAUUAAAAUUUCAUAUUAUUUAAAGUAUUUUUAAUGGAUAUGACAAUACUAGAAAUUAUUGAUAAAAGAAUUUAGUUUGAAGUUCCAUUAAUUUAUUAUAAAAUGUAAGAAUUAAAAGUCAAACCACAAGAUUGUUUUGACUCCUAUAUAUUUUCCUUGUUUUAGCUUGUCAGGAAGGAGUUGGCACUUAGAAUAAUUGAUAUUUUCUUGUAUGAAAAAGAAUGUAAAAUAAAUUAAAUACAAAAAAAGCAAUUUUGUAGACUGUUAUCAUUUAAUUACUUAAAAUGCAAUAAGUUGAAAUUUUGAGGUGUCAAGAUCAAGAUGAUAUGAUUAACUAUAUACGAAAUGAUCUUAUAGAAGAUGCCCUAGAUAAAUUAGAUGAUGGAAAGGAUUAUCUAUCUUAGUUGCUUUCAAUCCACCUGUGAAUAUGCUAGAUAUUGAAAAAUAUACUUAUAGCAAAAUUUAUAUAAAAUUAUUAUUAAAUGAG